GGGAAACGAAGAAAGAAAGAAAGACAGAAAUCUCUUCCUCGUCUCCUCGUCAGUGCUCGUCCUCCUCUCCGUACCGCGGAAACUCAUGUUGCCGGCAGAAAUCCAACUGUUCCGACACGAAACCGACACGCAGCAGUAUCGGGGCGCCGAUACGGCUCCCGAGAAAGUAAUCGUGGCCGUCAAAGCCGAGAAGGAGAUCUCGAAGACGGCCCUUGCGUGGGCUCUCACUCACGUCGUCCGCCCUAGGGACUGCAUUACACUUCUCGCUGUCUUUUCCGGAGACGACAAGGGGCGGAGGCGGUGGAGUUUCCCGAAAUUCUCCAGGGAUUGUGCGAGCGGCCACCGGAAAAGCUCUCUCGACCGGAGAUGUCAGAUCUCGGAGUCUUGCUCGCAGAUGGUGCUGCAAUUUCACGGCGCGUGCGAUCCGAACGAGAUUAACGUGAGGAUUAAGGUGGUAUCAGCAAAACCAGCGGGAGCGGUGGCAGCCGAAUCGAAGAGAGCUGGAGCCAACUGGGUCGUAUUGGACAAACAAUUGAAGGAGGAGGAGCGUCAUUGCAUGGAGGAGCUCCAAUGCAACAUAGUAGUAAUGAAACGUUCAAAACCCAAAGUCCUCAGGCUCAACUUGGGGGGCCAACAUGAACCUGGACUGCCAUUUUUGUCUCCCUCGCAAUCUGAUGAUGAUAGGCCACUCGAGAAUAGGAUCAAACAUUCCACCCCGAUAAGCAGCCCUGAAGAGCCAAAACCUUUGGUCAUGAGAUCGGUCCAAGCUUCCAUGUCAUGUCGUGAUAUGGGGAACUCCCCUUUCUUCGUCUGCGAGCAGAACCCGCUUUUUGAAGGAUUCCGCAAGGGAGAAUCAAGCUUUAGAGAGGAGACAGUUGAUUGGGAUGAUGCAGUCACGUCAUUUGGAUCGGACGGUGAAGGAUUGAGUCCACCCUCCAAACAUCCACUGCUGGAAACUACUCAUGGAAGAGGCUACAGAGAAUCAUCAACCAUCGAUUUCGAGCGGUCGCAGCAAUAUCCAUCUUCACAUCGAUCACAUAAGCGCGAGAUCUAUUGGAUUCCUCAAAACCAUGUCGAAGGAGAACAGAAGAACCCAGUUACAAGAAACAGCAUUGCUACACACUACACCAAACCUCCAAUCGCCAAGACUUUGCUUGAAAGAUUUGCCGAAUUCGAUCAAGAAGCUGGAGCACAUAGGCUCAGCAUCGACCAGACUCCUCACAGAGAUUAUGUUUUUAACUCAAACGUAAGAGAUGCGGUCCACUUAUGCAGGAAUUCUCCUUCAGUUCCUCCACCUCUCUGUUCCAUCUGUCAGCACAAGGUGCCAGUUUUUGGGAAACCGCCAAGAUGGUUUAGCUAUGGAGAGCUGGACGAAGCAACAGAUGGGUUUUCAGAGGAGAAUUUCUUGGCUGAGGGCGGAUUCGGAUCGGUUCAUAGAGGAGUGUUGGGAGAUGGUCAGGUGGUGGCUGUGAAGCAGCUAAAGGUGGCCAGCUCUCAAGGUGAUGCCGAGUUUUGUGCAGAGGUUGAGGUGCUGAGCUGUGCACAGCAUAGGAAUGUGGUGAUGCUGAUUGGGUUUUGUAUAGAAGAGAAGAGAAGGGUUCUGGUUUAUGAAUACAUCUGCAAUGGGUCUUUGGAUUUCCAUUUGUACGAGCACAACAGGGCACCUUUAGACUGGCAUGCAAGGAUGAAGAUUGCGAUCGGAGCAGCCCGUGGUCUGCGAUACCUUCAUGAAGAUUGCAGGGUCGGUUGCAUUGUUCACAGAGACAUGCGCCCUAACAACAUCCUCGUCACCCACGAUUUUGAACCGCUGGUUGGAGAUUUUGGCCUCGCCAGGUGGCACCCAAACGGCAACCUUGAUGUUGAGACACAUGUCAUCGGAACAUUAGGGUACCUAGCACCAGAGUAUGCAGAGAGUGGGAGAAUAACAGAGAAAACUGAUGUGUACGCAUUUGGGGUGGUGCUGUUAGAGCUGAUCACGGGUCAGAAAGCCAUCAACAUGACUAGGCCCAAGGGACAGCAGUUCCUAGUUGAAUGGGCACGCCCUCUGCUCGACUCAGAUGAAGGACAAACCAUAGCCAUUGAUCAGUUGCUUGAUCCACGUCUGGACUUGUAUGAACUCCAGUUAGAGACCCACCAGCUGCAAGCCAUGGCCUAUGCUGCUUCCUUGUGCCUACGUCGCGACCCACUCGUCCGACCGAGCAUGUCAAAGGUACUCAGAGUAUUAGAAGGGGAUGCGAUCAUCGACCCAGGCUUUGACCUUGACUCAGUCGGCAAUAGAACUGAGCGCAUGAACGGUUUGAUCCUGUAUCGGCAUGCCAGUUGCAAUGUUGAUUCUGUUGGCACUAGAAGCGGGCGCAUGAACGGUUUGAACCUGCAACAGCAUGCCAGCUGUGAUGCUAAUUCUAUUGGAAGUAGAAGUGAGCGCAUGAAUGGUUUGAGCUUGCAACAGCUCAUUGGUUUCGGUGUAGACUCAGUUAGUGGUAGAAGCAGGCGCAUGAACUGUCCAAGCCUUCAGCUGCAUUGCAGUACCACUCCUGACUCAAUCGGCAAUAGAAGCGAGCGCCUGAACAACUCAAGAUUUCAACUGCAAGUUGAACCAAGGGAAGGCCACUCUCGCAACCUCUCUCUUGGAACACUGAAAGCGUUUUAUGCCGAGAAAGAUAGCAAUCACCAUGGCAUCUACUAAGGUAUAUGUAACUCAGUCAGGCAGGUACUGCAGCGAGUGAGUCAUGCCAUGAAAUUGGUGAGUUGGCAAGGACAAGCUCCGAGUCAACCCGAUGGGACUGGACAGCACCUGCCUGAACAAGUCAGAUCAUUAGCCCAACCUUGAAGCAUGUUUAUACCUGAAUCACAAGUUUGUUCAUCUCAUUGAUAGUCAUUUAAAUUGAAAACAAAACAAUAAAUUUCAUGUGCAUUACCCCAAAACAAUUGAUUGACCAUGCAAAUUUCAGUGUGUGCGCGCUUGAAUAACAGCCACUUGUCGAUGGGCC